CCCGAGUAAUGUUUGUCACGUCAAACUCACAAGAAGUUUACUGGCCAACGCCACGGUGUUUCAGUGCCAGAAAAAGGUGUAUUGGAACAAUUAAUUAAUCUAAGACUGACAGGUAUGAUUUGAGCUUAGCAUCUGCCAAAUGAGGGACACGAAACAAGCUUCGUCGGCCCUUCAUCUGUUGGUGCAGAUUUAUAUUCACCCUUAAUCAUCUAUAAUUCUGCAGGAAAGCACUAUGCUGACCACUAUCACUGAAGGGAUUCUCUGCUGUCUGACUGGGAAGGCUGCCAGUCUGGUCUUGCCUCUGGAGUCGUCUGAACCCUCUGAUGGGUUUGAGUUUGUGGAGGUGAAACCUGGGAGAGUUCUGCGAGUGAGGCACAUCAUCCCAGAGCGUCCCGUGGUAACAGAGGAUCAAGUUGCAGGCAAAGGAAAUACAGACGGAACUGAUGAUGAUGUUGAAGGCUCUCUUGAGGAAGAUAACGAAAGCAAUACCGGCAGCAGUGUCCACUGCAAGAGGAAGAUCACAGUCUACCGCAAUGGGCAGCUGGUGAUUGAGAAUCUCGGCGAUGUUCUGCACUCUGAGAUCCUGCAGUGUCAGGAUGGGGAUCUGGAGCCUUGCAGCACCGUAGAGGUGGAGUUGGCAGACUACAAAGAAAUGCCCUCUUCUCCAGACCCCAACUCUGCUCCUCCUCCGGUUCCCUCACCCCUUGGGGAACAUAAACCUGCUCCACCGCCUCGCCGCCGGCGCCGCAAGCCCAAGCGCACCGUGCAAAUCGACUCAAAGAGAGUCAUCUCCAGCUGCAAAGGAACACACUCGGACGUAGCGUUGUUCUUCGUGCACGGCGUGGGAGGUUCUCUGGACAUUUGGGGCAGCCAACUGGACUUCUUCUCUCGGCUUGGCUACGAGGUCAUUGCUCCUGACCUGGCGGGGCAUGGAGCCAGCACUGCCCCGCAUAUUGCAGCGGCUUAUACUUUUUACGCCCUUGCAGAGGACCUUCGUGCCAUCUUUAAGAGAUAUGCUCGUAAACGCAACAUUCUCAUUGGCCACUCAUAUGGAGUGUCAUUUUGCACCUUCCUGGCCCACGAAUACCCUGAUCUGGUCCAUAAGGUGGUGAUGAUCAAUGGAGGCGGCCCCACAGCUCUGGAGCCCAGCCUUUGCUCCAUCUUCCAGCUGCCAUCUUGUGUCCUGCACUGUCUGACACCCUGUCUGGCCUGGAGCUUCCUCAAAGCUGGGUUUGCCCGCCAAGGUGCCAAAGAAAAGCAGCUGUUGAAGCAGGGCAACGCCUUCAAUGUGUCUCCGUUUGUGCUGCGGGCCAUGAUGAGUGGUCAGUACUGGCCUGAAGGGGAUGAGGUCUACCAUGCUGAGCUCACUGUGCCCAUCCUUCUGGUUCAUGGCAUGUGUGACAAGUUUGUGCCAAUGGAUGAGGACCAGCGCAUGGCAGAGAUCCUUCUGUUUGCAUUCCUGAAAGUCAUCGAGGAAGGAAGUCACAUGGUCAUGAUGGAGUGCCCUGACACCGUCAACACCCUCCUCCACGAGUUCUUUCUAUGGGAGCCUGACAUGUCCAGGAAAGACAGCAGCAAAACAGACACGGCUCUCACUGACUCUCUCCACACACUGAAAAUCAAUAAGCCUGUGGACAAAUAACCAACCGGGAGACUAGUUUUGUUAUGGAACCAAGCAGAAGGCCUUUUAUGGCAUGUGUUCUUAAGGCUGCUCCCAGAGCUGUUAUAAACAGGGCCUCAUCUUCAGGAUGUGGACGGCCACUGGUGCUCCAAGAUUAAGCAGGACUUUGGCAUGUUGCCGACCAGGGAACGAUGGAACAAACAUAAAGAUAAGGGGAAUGGAUGGAAACACAGUCAGUUUUUGCUUCGCUUUAAUUGCAAUUUGUGCUUCAUUGCGUCAUGUUUGCAAAACGACCCAAUACUUGGACGACUGUGUCCAUUCGUGAUUUGAGUAUGAAAUAUAUCUGGUGAAAAACGGACUCCUACCACAUGCAAGAGGCAUACAAUUCAUGAAAUGUUGAUGUGGUGAUUUUCAUCUCCUUAAAUAUUCUGUAUAGUACUGCAGAACUUCUGAUGUACCUUUACAAAAUGGUUAUUAACUAAUCAUUGGAUCAAACUUAUAUCUGCUUUCAUUGGGAAACUGUGGUGAGUUGAGGAAUUACAGAUCUGAUGUGCCAGUAUGACAGUGAAGGACAGCUUAUAACAAAAACAAUAAUAGUUUAUUACAGAAUAAUAAAAACAUUGAAUAUGUACUGUCAUUCAUACAUAAGUUACAUAUUGCCAGAAAGAGGAACACAAAAUCCAUCGUCCACCUGCAUUUCUACCACCUAAUAACCCCAUCCACACCAUGUGCAGUGUUCACAGUCUCAAACAUUAAGACUCACAAUCACGGUUAUUGUCAAUAAAAAUGCUUCAUCUAUUUUCAAAUUACAGCAAUAUAUUUUCCAUAUAUUGAACUCUUAUCUAACUCAAAAAGCUAUGUGCGUCUAUGUUAAGCACAAUGUAACCAACUCAUGAGUUCAUAGUUGCAUGGAAAUCAAGUAAUGCAAUGAGAGAUUUAUCUGAGCUGGUUACAAAGAAGAUAAACAAAAAUGGAUGCCCUAAAGUUCUCCUUUAUUCAAGCAGCUAUGGCUGCAAUAGUAUAUCAUAUCCUAAGGAUAAUAAAAAAGUACAGAGGCCCUGCAUGAGUUCAGAAUAUGAAAAAGUAUCAGGAUUGUGUCAAACAGUUGCAAUAUAUUCUUAUAUUGAAAAGUUCCCUGUGCACUUCUCUCUAAUCACUUGAGUGUUCUUUCAAUGUGUAAGUAUUUUUUUGCCUUUUUUUGAAAUAACUGCCAUAACAAAUUGUGGUUGUAUUGACCGCUUUAAGCUGCUGAGUGUGUUGCUCUAAAACUCUGGAGUCCAUCAUAUGUAUCGAAAUGUGUCAAACAGAAAGAAAAAUAUCACAUUAUGCUCGUAGAAAGACAUUCAUUCAUGGGGGCUACUUUGUCUCACAGUAAGGUGCAAGUAAAAGAAAAUGUGUAAACCUGUGUAGUGUCCAAAGCUUGAAAUCAAAUGUGAGUCAGCCAAAGGUGAAACUCCCUUAGAAAGAGGGACAAUUGUACGGACUAUGCUGGUCUGUUGAAUAUGCAUUUUGACAGAGUGCUGAUGCAACAUGACUGGUCUUAUGCAACAGGAACAAAAUAGAUAGAAUUAGAGUGGACAUAAACUGACUUGACACUGACAUCUCAAAUAAACAUCAUUUAUUCUCUAUGAACUUUCCAAAAACCAACAAGUGCUGCUGAUGCAAUGUACUGUAUGUCUCCUUUUGGUGUUAAAGGUCAGUAAAACUGUAUGGACGACAGGGUGCACAUGUAUUUCCUUUUAUGCUGAAAGUAUGCAUAUACAAAUUGUCAGUGCUCAAAUGUGCUAUAUCUUUUUGUGGUUAACAAAGUUGUGUUAAUGUUAUUGUUGCAUUUAUUCAUGGGAAUCAUAAUAUAUGCACUGCCUGAAUGUAGAUGCAUAUAACAGUAUAUACCCUAUCAAAACUGUUGGAUUCAGUGUAUGAAUGUGCCUUUCCUGGCAUGAAAUAAAAACUAUGUUCA